AUGGGCAAUGCCACAGAGAGAGACCUCCAACUCCUCACCAUUGUCUGGCAGUGCUUCAAGAGCCCUGUAGAAAUUGACUUCGAGAAACUCGCAGAGCUCGGCGGAUACAAGACCAAAGCCUCCGCCAACACUGCAUACUGGGGCUUGAAGAAGAAGCUGCUCAAUGGUGGCACCACCACCACCACCUCACCCACCAAGAAAACCCCAAAGAAGCGCUCCGCCACCGACGACAGCGCAGACACCCCAGCUCCCAUGAAGCGAGGCCGCAAAUCUAAGGCCGAGAUCGCCGCCAUGACCGUGGAAACCAACGACGACGAGGAGAGCGAGAAGGAAGUCAAAGUGAAGAAAGAGGAGAGACGCGACAGCAUGGAGGGUCUGCUUUCUGGUGCGAAGCAGUACCUCGCUGGUGGCGAAGAUGACGAUGAGGUUUGA